AGUGCAAGAGGUAGAAGUUGGCUCACAACAGAACUACAAACCUGCACCCGGUUGGAAGAUUGGCUGGACAAGGAGGAUCAUCUAUUUUACAGACUAAUGCAGACGGCGUCCAUCGCUCUCUGUAGUGCAAUGGAGACAGGUCCAUGUUGUGAAGAGCACAAAGACCCAGCAGUGGAGCCUACAAAUCCAGAAGUAAGAGAGGCCAUUUCUGAGAUUGCAGACAGGGAUGAUCACACUGAACUGCCCUGUGGCUCUGCGGAGGAAGGCGAGGAGCUGUUUAGGAGAGAGCAGGCUGAAACAGAGAGCUGUGCAGGAGAGAGUAAAAGCACUGAGAUAAAAGGCCACUCUGAUCCUGAGCAAGAAAGCACAGGCACAGAAUGCAAGCAACACAGGAAACUGAAAAAAACAAACAGCUGGAAGAUGGUGCGAUUCCAAGACCCUUCAGAGGAUGAUGAUGUGUUGGAGAGGGAUAGCUCAGCAGAGAGUCUCUUUCCAGAAUAUGCACUCAAGGAGUGGACUACCUCGACCUUUGAGGAGCUGUUCAUGGCAGAAGACUGGCAGGACAUCACAGAGGACCGGCUGUUAAGGAAGAAGGUGCUGGAGUCCAGGGCCCCAGACGCCUUGCGACCCACCUGGGGUCAGGAGGUUACCAUGAAGAUGCAGUGUGUCCUGGAGGACCGCACUGUUGUAGAGAAGGACUGCAAGCUUGUCUUUGUUAUCGGAGAGGGAGAUGUAAACCAGGCUCUGGAGGAGUGUGUCAUAUCUAUGCAGAAGGGUGAGAUCACAUUACUGCUGGCAGAUUCGCAGUAUGCUUACGGACUUCUGGGAAGGGAGCCUGAUAUUCCAGCCUGGGCUCCUUUACUUUACCAGCUCCAGCUUCUGGACAUCAGAGAGAAACCAGACCCAUUGACUCUGCCCAUCGCAGACCGCAUCCGCAUCGGCAACCAGAAACGAGAGCGAGGAAAUUUUCAUUUCCAGAGGGAGGAAUACUCGCUGGCUGCCAGAGCCUAUUGUAUGGCUCUUGAUGUGUUAACCACGCGCAACAGAGAUGGUAGCGAUGGCAGUGUGAAGGCAGAGGAGGAGGAGGUGCAGGACUACCGCGUGAAGUGUUUGAACAACCUGGCUGCUGCUCAGCUCAAACUGGAGCAGUACAGUGAGGCGCUGCACACCAGCCGGGACGUUCUGACCCUCGAGCCAAAUAACGUCAAGGCCCUCUUCAGGGCGGGAAAGCUGCUGUCGGACAAGGGUGAAUACAAAGAGGCAAUGGAGGUGCUAAAAAAGGCCUUGAAACUGGAGCCAGCCACCAAGGCGAUCCAUGUCGAGUUAUCUAAACUUGUCAAAAGGCAAUCGGGAGGUAACGACACUCAGGAAUGGCGAGCUAAACCAGCGGAGAUGCUUGGAGAAAACGUUGCACCUUUUCUGAUUCCUUCUAAAAAGAAACCAUCUGGAAUUUCCUGGAAGCUUAUACUUGGAGCUUUGGUUGUAGCCUUGGGCAGCUUAGUGACGUCAAUCAUUCUGACUGCAAGAAAUUGAAAUCCUCUGCUGGAAGUGCUUUGAAAAUCAUCAUCAUCAUUAUCAUCAUCAUGUGCAGGUGCAGAGUUUGGCCUCCAGUUUAUCUUUAGUUACUUGAAAAGAGUUUCCUACUGGGAAGAUAUGAGAACGUAUGCAAUGCAGCAGCACUGAAGCCCAAAGUUAUAUUUAUGUGAGUUUCACGUGGUAGAAAAAUGUUUCGGUGAAAGCUUUACGAUAUUUAUGAAAACGAUGAUAGUUCAGCAUCGAGUGAUGUCACUCUGACUGUGACUCUGCUGAUGGAUAAGACAGAAGUUUCCUUCCAGUUACGUCUGUUUUAUUUGGAAACACGAUACAUGGAAAAUAUUUUUCGUUUCGCAGAUACUUAAAAGAAAUGGAACUUUUGUAUAAACUGUAACCAAACUACAAAAAGUAAACUCGGUAAAUGAAACUUAGUAAAUUUGUUAACUGAUGAAAUGAAAUGUACUAUUGCUUUCAUAAUCAGUGCUUGCGAUGCCAUGCUUAGUAAAAAUGUUUCAAAAACUGUA